AUGCGCUCCGCACUCCUCUUCAUCACGGCCUUCGUCGCCUCCGCCGCCGCCAUGGCAGACCACGCCGGCGCCGCCGCGGACGACGACGAGUGCAAGUGCUACCACGCGUACAACGAGUGCCGCGCCACCCCGGCGGCCAACAUGUCGACCUGCGCAAGCAACUACGCCGACUGCCUGGGCUACAACCCCUUUGACGGCUCCCACAACCCGGACGACGUCUCCGACAAGUGCUCCGCGUCCGCGGCGCCCAAGACGGACUGCCGGCGCGUCAAGGAGUGCGAGGACGCCAGCGACGAGUGCAGGGGCCAGCCCGACGCCAACCAGGCGCAGUGCGCCUCCGACUACGCAGACUGCCUCGGCUUCAGCCCGUUUGAGCCCGAGGGCCAGCGCCGCGUCCAGGAGUGCGACGACAAGGACAAGGACGGUGAUGAUGCCAAGGCAAAGGAGGAGAAGCACCACCAGCCGCACCGCAACGAGACGAGGCCGGCUCAGCCUACGCAGGCGCCGGUGCAGCCCACGCAGAUGCCGGUUGUGUCGGGCGGGUCGGGGUUCAAGGCGCUGGAUGUGUUUGGCUUGCUGGCUGCGGGCGUUGCUGCGCUGUUGUAA